AUGUCUCAUGAAGCUUUGAACCCCAUUCACCCGACUGUCCUCCCAUACCUGGACCCAGUCUUCAUCGACCUGUACAAUAAGCACGUUGCCAACACCCCCAAUGGACCGAUCGAUCUCGCCGUCCUACGCUCCAAAUACUCAGUUCUCUACUCUUACGGGACAGGUCCAGCGCCUGAGCCCGCCCAGAUAUACGACACCACCAUUCCGGGUCACAAUGGUGAUCUGAUCCCCUGUCGCGUGUACGAGCCUGACUGUCCGGGGCCUUGGCCGGUACAUCUCGACUUUCACGGUGGGGGCUGGGGCCUGGGAGACCUCGAAACCGAGUCCCACAUCUGCAAGCACAUCGCCGUCAAAGCGCGGGUGGCCGUCGUCGACAUCGCCUACCGCUUGGUCCCGGAGAACGCGUUUCCCAUUGGGAUCCAAGAUUCAUUUGCUGCCCUCCAGUACUUGACCUCCAACCCCGCAGCGGUCAAUCAAAAGUUCCGCAACCUGGACACGACACGGAUCUCCCUGGGCGGCGUGUCCGCGGGUGCCAACAUCGCGCUGAUCCUGGCGCACCUCGCUCGCGACCACCAGAUUCCCAUCCGUCUGGUCGCGGUGGGAACCCCCGUCAUCGACGACAUUUCCAAAUAUGCUACCGCGGCGGAGUCCCCGUUCGCCUCGAUGCGCGAGAUGGAGUUCGCUCCGACUCUCAAUUGGGCACGGCUGAAAUGGUUUGAUCGGUUGAAAUGGAGCAGCCUCGGCCGCGAGGGGAGCGACAGGCAAAAGAAGGACCCGAAAGAGGAGGAAGAGGUCAAGUGGUAUGCCAAUGCGUUGAAUGCGCCGGACUUUACGAACUUGCCGCGCACGGUGCUCUAUACCGCCGGCUGCGAUCCCCUGCGCGACGAAGGCGAGGCGUAUGCGCGGAAAUUGAUCGAAGGGGGCUGCGAGGUCACGAUGCGGCGGUUCGCGGGGGUGCCUCACCCGUUCAUGCACAUGGAUCAAGAUCUUUGGCAGGCGAAAGAGUUUAUCGACCUUACUGCAGGUCACGUGAAAGCUGCAUUGCAUUCAUGA